UAAAAACCCAGGGAGGGAACGCAAACCGUUCCCUGGGCUGUACUUCACACUGUACGUUCACUAAGGGCUGAAUCUAAAACAUAAUCUGAAUUGAAGAUGUCUCAUUGCACUAAACUCUCCAGUCACUGGAAGAUCGUGAUUUGGGAUGAGGAGUGCUUCCAGGGCCGGCGGCAUGAAUACACCGCGGAGUGCUACAACACCAUGGAGUUUGGAUUCGAGACCGUGCGCUCCAUGAAGGUGGAGAGCGGAGCCUGGGUGGGGUACGAGCACUCGGGCUUCCAGGGCCAGCAGUUUGUGCUGGAGAGAGGCGAGUACCCUCGAUGGGAGAGCUGGAGCGGCAGCAAUUCAUACCACACCGAGCGGCUGACCUCCUUCAAGCCCAUCGCCUGCGCUAAUCACCGGGAGUGCAGGAUGACCAUGUUCGAGAGGGAUAACUUCCUGGGCAGGAAGGGGGAACUGAGUGAUGACUACCCUUCCCUCCAGGCCAUGGGCUGGUGCAACAAUGAAGUGGGAUCCUUCCGUGUCCACUCUGGCGCGUGGGUUUGUUACCAGUACCCCGGCUACCGUGGCUUCCAGUUCAUCAUGGAGUGCGACCGUCAUGGAGGCGAGUACAAGCACUGGCGGGAGUGGGGGUCCCACGCUCACACCUUCCAGAUCCAAUCCAUCCGCAGGGUCCAACAGUAGGGAAGACCACCGCCACCACCUGGCUCCAUUUUAACCUUCAAAGCAACAGGAAGACGACAAAGCAAAUAAAGUUUCCUUCUUUGUUUAAUAA